UCCUGCAUCCCACACAAAAGACCAACAGACGCCUUCGAGAAAUAUGUGUGUGUGUGUGUGUGUGUGUGUGUGUGUGUGUGUGUGUGUGUGUGUGUGUGUGUGUGUGUGUGUGUGUGUGUGUGUGUGUGUGUGUGUGUGUGUGUGUGUGUGUGUGUGUGUGUGUGUGUGUGUGUGUGUGUGUGUGCGUGUGCAUGUGUGUGUGGGUGUCCAGGUGCCAUGCAUGGGAUCAGUGAAUUCUCCAUCCAGAUGUUCCAUAUAGCAACCUGUCAAUGGUAGCAGUGUACAGCAUGUUUAGAGGUAGAUACAGCAUACAUGAAGCCUAUGGCUAAAACAGAAUAGCUAGCUAUCCAAGACAUCUGUUAUGAUGCAAUAGGUCUCAGUUAAGAACACAUGAACCCACUGCACUCAAAUGUAAUGUUCCCAUUAAGUAGGAAGUAUGAAAAAUGCUUACAAACUAUGAAGUAUGUUUACUAAGUAUGAAGUUUGCUUACUAAAUAUAAAGUAUGAUCACAAAGUAGAAAAUACGCUUACAUGAAGUAUGCUUACUGAAGAUGGAUUUUACUGUAUGUGUGCUGUAUUUUGCUCUAUUUACAGUAUGUUGUAUUUAGCUUUAUCUAUGUUUACUCAACAGAGUUGUAUCUAUGCUUUCAUGUACAAUGCGAGCUCUUUUGUACCAAACAAUCAGCAUCAACUGCCCCCACAAAUAGCCGCUGUAUUCUACUCAGGCAUUAACAGAGACGACUGCACAUUGAUGCUACUGUACAUGCUGAGUCAGCCAACAUUCCACACCCCAGCCAGGACCCGCCUGCUGCCCUUCUAUGGGUUGAAGCUGCAUGGUCGGGCAUCAUGGGUGCUGCAUUGUAUAUCAGAACAAAACUUAUGCUACUCAAAACCAAGAAAAAGUAGAAGGAUAGGAAGGUAGAUGGACUGGCUACUCAAAAGCUAGAAGUAUGUAAAAACAUAGGAUGAUUGAUGUAGGGAAGGAGGGAAGAACGAUACAGUACGAUAGAUUUGGGAAAGAGAGAAGGACAGGAGGAUAGAUGGAGGCAAAAAGGACAAGAAAAGAGGUUAGGAGGAUAGAUGGAGGGAAGGUUAGGAGGAUAGAUGGAGGGAAGAUUAGGAGGAUAGAUGGAGGGAAGGUUAGGAGGAUAGAUGGAGGGACGAUCAAGAGGAUAGAUGGAGGGACGAUCAAGAGGCUAGAUGGAGGGAAGGUCAAGAGGCUAGAUGGAGGGAAGGUCAAGAGGAUAGAUGGAGGGAAGGUCAAGAGGAUAGAUGGAGGGAAGGUCAAGAGGAUAGAUGGAGGGAAGGUCAGGAGGAUAGAUGGAGGGAAGGUCAAGAGGAUAGAUGGAGGGAAGGUCAAGAGGAUAGAUAUAGGGAAUGUUAGGAGGAUAGAUGGAGGGAAGGUUAGGAGGAUAGAUGGAGGGAAGGUUAGGAGGAUAGAUGGAGGGAAGGUUAGGAGGAUAGAUGGAGGGAAGGUUAGGAGGAUAGAUGGAGGGAAGGUCAAGAGGAUAGAUGGAGGGAAGGUCAGGAGGAUAGAUGGAGGGAAGGUCAAGAGGAUAGAUAUAGGGAAUGUUAGGAGGAUAGAUGGAGGGAAGGUCAAGAGGAUAGAUAGAGGGAAGGUUAGGAGGAUAGAUGGAGGGAAGGUUAGGAGGAUAGAUGGAGGGAAGGUUAGGAGGAUAGAUGGAGGGAAGGUUAGGAGGAUAGAUGGAGGGAAGGUUAAGAGGAUAGAUGGAGGGAAGGUCAGGAGGAUAGAUGGAGGGAAGAUCAAGAGGAUAGAUAUAGGGAAUGUUAGGAGGAUAGAUGGAGGGAAGAUCAGGAGGAUAGAUGGAGGGAAGGUCAAGAGGAUAGAUAUAGGGAAUGUUAGGAGGAUAGAUGGAGGGAAGGUCAAGAGGAUAGAUAGAGGGAAGGUUAGGAGGAUAGAUGGAGGGAAGGUUAGGAGGAUAGAUGGAGGGAAGGUCAAGAGGAUAGAUAGAGGGAAGGUUAGGAGGAUAGAUGGAGGGAAGGUUAGGAGGAUAGAUGGAGGGAAGGUUAGGAGGAUAGAUGGAGGGAAGGUUAGGAGGAUAGAUGGAGGGAAGGUUAGGAGGAUAGAUGGAGGGAAGGUUAGGAGGAUAGAUAUAGGGAAUGUUAGGAGGAUAGAUGGAGGGAAGGUCAAGAGGAUAGAUAGAGGGAAGGUUAGGAGGAUAGAUGGAGGGAAGGUUAGGAGGAUAGAUGGAGGGAAGGUUAGGAGGAUAGAUGGAGGGAAGAUCAGGAGGAUAGAUGGAGGGAAGGUCAAGAGGAUAGAUAUAGGGAAUGUUAGGAGGAUAGAUGGAGGGAAGGUCAAGAGGAUAGAUAGAGGGAAGGUUAGGAGGAUAGAUGGAGGGAAGGUUAGGAGGAUAGAUGGAGGGAAGGUUAGGAGGAUAGAUGGAGGGAAGGUUAGGAGGAUAGAUGGAGGGAAGGUUAGGAGGAUAGAUGGAGGGAAUGUUAGGAGGAUAGAAUGAUGGAUGAAAGGGAAAGAAGGAGGGAGGGAGAACAAUGCAAGGACAGACAACAAACAGCCUCCUGACAUACUAGUAAAAGGAGAUGUGUGGCUUUUUUCCAGACUGUUGUGUGUGUGUUCUCUGGAGCAGGGCCCAGUGUUCUGACAUGUGUUUCUGUGUAUUAAUGAGUCUGGAGGCGCUGCCAAUGAGUGAUGAGUGAGGACCCAGGGACCUCUCAAAUAAUGACUGCUCAGGUCCUCUCUCUGUUUCCUUUCUCUCUCACUCUGUCCUCUUUUUCUCUGUCCUCUCUCUCUCUCUGUGUCACACCCACCCACAUGCACACACACACACACACACAAUCUUGUACAGCUAACCUUGUGGGGAUACACAAUUCAGUCCCAUUCAAAAUUCUAUUUCCCUAACCCUUAACCCUAAAUGUAACCCUAACCUUAACCCCAAAAAACGAAUCUUAACUCUAACCCUAACACUAACCCUAGCUCCUAAUCGUAACCCUUAACGUAAUUCUAACCCUAACACUAACCCUAGCUCGUAACCGUAACCCUUAACGUAAUUCUAACCCUAACACUAUAUCUAACCUUAAUCCUAAUCCACUUAGAAAUAGCAUCUGAACUUGUGGGGACUAAGAAAAUAUCCACAGUUGGUCACAUUUUUGUUCGUUUACAAUUCUUGUGGAGACUUCUGUUAAACACGUCCACACCCACACACUCACUACAUCCCAGCGCCUGACCCUCAGCACGCCAUAAAUCUGACUUCAAGGGCGGUGUCGGCAUCGGCGAGAACAGGAUAUGAGAGCGUGGCCCUCUCAAAAUCUUCCCCUCCAGAUGAGAACAAAUGUAGAGAAUGUUCCAGAUGCCCCGGACGCUACAGUCUAGGAACAUGUGGAGCCAAGAGCUGGAAAACGAGCAGCCCUUCCUAUCUUUUCCCCCUUCUUUCCAUUCAUUUUCUCUCUGUUGUCUAACUUAUCCGUCUCUGUUUUGGGCUGUUGGUAGGCUAGCUUUUUGUUUCGUACUGUUAUCUCUUUGUUAGUGUCUCCUUAUCUUGUUGUCUUGUCACUCUCAUCUUCCUUCCUCUUCUGUCUAGCAUCUUAAAACACACACACCCACACACACACACACACACACACACCCACACACACACACACACACACACACACACACACACACACACACACACACACACACACACACACACACACACACACACACACACACACACACACACACACACACACACACACACACACACACACACACACACACACAGUCUCCUCUGAGCACGGAACAGAAGCACUGCUGUCAGGGCAGGGCUGUGACCUAGAGAGUAGUAUGUCUCUGUGUGUGUGUGCGUCUCUGUUUGUGUGUGUGUAUCCCGCUGUGUGUGUGUGUGUGUAUGUGUGUGUGUCUCCCGUUGUGUGUUUGGGUGUGUCAGGUCGCAGGCCAAGGUCUCCAACCUGAUCCGCUCUGAGGCAAUCGGCCUGCGAAUGCAUUAAGAGAUUGCGGGGUGGGGGGUGCCGAGCCAAGGCUCAUUGGCUCGACCUAAAGACAUACACAUAAUCCUGGCUGCUCUGCUGUGGUUUGCUCCACCUGACAAGGAUACAUGUGGCAGGUGUGUCUGUCAGGGACUGUGUGUGUGUGUUUGUGUGUAUGUCUUAGUGUGUAUCCUGUCUGAGCUGUACCCCACCUACGCACUCUCAGGCAUGCCCCUGUCCUUGGGCACCUUUACCCGCCCUAGAGUCACUUCAUCUGCCAACUGGAUAAAGAGAGAGAGAGAUAAGGAGGGGUACACAGAGAGAGGGAGAGCAAGAGAGAGCGAGACAGAGGUAGUCAGACAGAUGGAGGGAGAGAGGGAACCAGCCAGUAGAGAGACGUGACAGGACAGAGGUUACCCCACACCCUCAUGUCAUCCUUCCCAGUCUGACCACACAAAGCACAGUCAGUUAGCUAAAGUCACAAAGCACACCAACACUUAACCAUGCACUUUAACUAUGGACGCUUGAGAUCUGCAAGUGUACGGUAUGUGUUUUGAUAUGCUAUAAAAGGCUAUAUAUAAUAAGGUAUGCUACAUAAUUCCACUGUAUGUCACUUGGGCUGUGUUCAUUUUGAUAAUAAAUGGAAUUGCACAUUG